AUGUAUAAGCUAGAUUUAAAAAAAUUGGAUAAUCCCCAAGGAGGUAUAAGCGCUCUUUCUACAUGUUAAAGAGAUUUUAAUGAUGAAUCUUCAAGAAUUUCUGACCAACCUUUGACUGUUUUAAUCAAACGCAAAGAAAAAAAAGAGGAUAAAACAGAGCUGCUUUAAAUUUAAUAGUAAAAAAAAUAAGGGCUAGUCGAUAAAAGCGAAGAGGGAUUAAAAGAUAAGUAAUAUUUAAAUAAUUAACCUAAUAGUGAGGAUAAUAGUAUUUCAGCAGACCAAAAUAAUUACAAGGAUGUGAUCAAUAAAUAUGUAAAUUCUCUAAACAAAGUUUUAAGCAAUUAAGAAGAAAAUAAAAAGAGCAAUCUUAUCGUGCCAAGAAAACAAAUGUAUCAAUCUUCACUUCCAGAAGAAUCUUAAUGCAGCUAUUAUGAUUCAGAAGAAAACUCUUAGAUAUAAAACAAUUAUAACAACAGCAACAAGUAGUAAAGUUAAUACAUGAAUAAAAAUGAAUUAAAUGGAAACAUGAAAAGCACAAGUUAAGAAAACUCUAAUUAAUUAAAUGGUUAACAAAUUCAGUUAAAUAAUUCUUUUAAGUCCAAAAAUUAGUUGACAAAAGCAUAGUAACUAAAUUUAUUACUACAAGGGUCAACUACUAAAGGUAACGAAAAAUAGAAUUAGAUGCUUUAAAGUAGUUAGUGUCAAUAAAGCGAAUAUGCUGAGGGAGAUGAGCACUUAGAUGAAAAUUAUUCUUAUUACGAAGUUUCUUUUAAUCAUAAUGAGAAUAAAUAACCUAAACAAUCUCAAAGUAUAUAAAAUUAAUAAAAAAUUAAUAAUUAAAUGUCAGUUUAAACAACGAAUCUAAAUCAAAUGUAAAAGAAUUAAACCUGCUAACAAAAGUUCUCAAAAGAUAAGUUAGCAUCACUAAACUAAAGUAUUUAGUAAUCUAUUUAUGCUAAAAGUAUAGAAAAUAAGAGCUCUUUGAAUCCAAAAGCUUUAAACAAUAGCUUGAUGAACGAAGAAAAGUUAUAAGCAGGCUCCAUAGCAGAAAAAUGUUGCAAAAUUUGUCUGGAAGGCGAAAGCACAGAAGAAACAGGUUAACUCCUUUCACCAUGUAGAUGUAAUGGAUCUAUGUAAUAUAUUCAUGAAGAAUGCCUUAAAACUUGGUUAGUCUCAUAAUAAGUAGAUAUCGAUACAGCUGCUUGCGAGCUUUGUAAAAUGGAAUACAAUAUGGAAAUAAUAAUAGGGAAAAAAUUCUAACUCACUCAUGCCUGUUAAGAAGGAUAAAUUAGUUUUGCUAGUUGCCUUUGUCUAUUUAUACUUGUAGCUGGUAUGCUCUCCAUAAUUUUUUUAUUUGCUUUUAAAUGGAAUGUACUAAGUGAUAGUUCAAGUUCAGAUAGUAAAAGUUAAAAUGAUGGAAAUGGGAAAAAUAAUUAAAAAAACGAUAAUAGCUCAGAUUCAUCAAGUGAUAAUUCUUUUUCAUACUAGCUCUCUAUUUUAAUUGCUUGUGUAGUUAUUUUAAUAGUCAUUUUAGUCCUAUUUAUUAUGUCAAUAAAAGAAGCUUUUUUUGUAGAUUAUAUGAAAAAAUGGAGGAUUUACAAUUUUGACAAAGAAACCACUAAAAAGAAAAAGAAAAGUCUUAACCAAAAAGAAAAGGCUCAGUUGAAUUAGUAAGCAGCUACAAAUGCUAGAGUAGGAAAUGUUGUUGGUUCUUAAACAAUUAAUAAUUAAUCGAUAUUAAGAAAUUAGAGAGGGCACAGGCUCUCUUAGCAAUCUCAAUAAAUAAAUAGCUUAAAUUAAUAAAAUGAAUAGAUUUAAAACUACUCCCAUGUUUCUAAUAUAAAUCAUAAUUAGACCCAAAACUAAUCAUUUGAUUAGUAACGAUAAUAAUAAAUUAAUAUAAUUUAAGAAUAAAUUAACAGGGUAUCUGAAUAAUAUUAACAAUAGGGAGAAGAUAAUAGCAAUAGAUAGAAAUUGUAUGAUUAAACUAUUAUAAAUAAUUUAAUUAAUGAUUAGUCUUUAAAUGAAAGUUAUUUAAAUAGCACAGUUUUAUAACUAAAAGCUAACUAAAAUUUAAAUGAUAGCUAAACCUAUAAAAAAUAAUACAAUGUUAUAGAUGUCGACAAAGAAAAAUAAAUGAUUAAUGAAUUAAUUGGUGGUCAAGAUGAACAAAAAGAUGAUUACUCUUUAAAAUAGUAUUCUCAAUAAAAAUAAGAUUUAUAAGAUUCUAAAUAUGCAGCAGAGCUUUAGAAAAGUUAAAAAGGAACUUUAAAAAUUAUUUCGUCAGUUUCAAAAAUAAAAAAAUCACACAGUAACCUCUCUAAAGUUUAAUAAACAGAUAAAUAUACAAUAAAACCAAAUAAUAAUAAUAAUUAAGACGGAACUAUUAUCAAAUCUAGUAUUGUGAACUAAGAUGAUAAUUAUUAAGCUUCAAUUCAAAGGCAAUCCAUAAAUAAGCAAAUUAUAGGAGACGAGUUAACUUCCUAAGACAAUAGUAUAGAUCCUUCUUAAUAUAUAAAUAAAAUAAAUAAACUACUUAAUGAUAUACCUCGUUAGUUCUAAGAUGUAGAAGGAAAAUAAGAUAUAAUUUAUAACGUUUUGAUAACAAAGCCAAUAAAAAAAUGA